AUGCAUUGCUCGGCCGGCAUCGGUAGAACAGGGUGCAUCAUAAUGAUUGAUGUGAUUUUGCGGAAACUGUUUCGCUGGAAAACCAGUAGAUACGGUCGACAUCUUCAAAAAAUUGCGAGAUCAAAGGGCAAGUUCCGUGCCGGUCGACAUUCUCUACGUAUUCGUCUACGUUAG